AUGAAGGCCUCUGAUUUUGAAGUAAAAGCUGUCAUUGGACGAGGACAUUUUGGAGAGGUGCGAGUUGUGAGUGAAAAUUCAACGGGUGACAUCUACGCCAUGAAGGUCCUGCGCAAGGCAGAGUUACUUUCACAGCCAGAGAUUUCCUUUUAUGAAGAAGAAAGAGACAUCAUGGCUGAUGCAAACAGUGACUGGAUCACAAGACUACACUAUGCUUUUCAAGAUUCAGUAAAUCUGUACCUUGUGAUGGACUUUCAUGUUGGAGGGGAUCUGUUGUCGUUGUUGAGAAGGCAUGACGACAUAUUUGAUGAACAGAUGGCAAAGUUCUACGUUGCAGAAAUGGCCCUGGCUAUCAACAGUCUUCAUACAAUGGGCUACAUUCACAGGGACAUCAAACCAGAGAACAUACUGUUGGACUACAUGGGUCAUAUCAAGCUUGCUGACUUUGGAUCUGCAGCUAGAUUGGAUGCAUCUGGGAAAGUUUCAGCCCAUAUACCAGUUGGUACACCGGAUUAUGUUGCUCCAGAGCUGCUUCUAGCUAUGAAUAAAUCUCACAGCCAGUUCAGCUAUGGGACAGAGAUCGAUUGGUGGUCCCUCGGAGUGUGUGCAUUUGAGAUGCUGUUUGGCAGAACCCCAUUUACUGACGACGACUCGUCUAAAGUGUCCACUUAUGCCAAUAUUAUGGAUUAUAAGAAAGCUCUGAAGUUUCCUGUUGACAGUGAUGUCUCACCUGAAGCCAGGGACUUCAUCAAGAAACUGCUGACCAACUCCGAGGACAGGCUAAGUUGGCCAGACAUUCAGGCACAUCCAUUCUUCUCAGAUAUCUCCUGGAAUACUAUAAGAAAAGGUGAUGCUUGCUAUGUCCCAUCAAUCAGUGGCCUGGAUGACACAUCUCAUUUCGAUGAGGUGGAGAAGGUCCGCCAGCAGCCAAACACUGCAGCCCUCAAACCACAGAAAGAUUUUUCCGGUUGUGAUCUGCCAUUCGUCGGCUUUACAUUCAGCAAGCUGCAGAAAGCGAAAGCACCACCAGAUCAGCAGGAUGUGUCCAGCAACACAGACUGCAAUAACAGCAGCCAUGUUGCAGCCAUGGAGAGAUGCACACAAAGUGAAAGAUCCGGCUCUGCAUUGACAGCAAUGAGCAGUCAUGCCUUGCAGUUAUUGACAGAGAAGGAUGAGGAAAUUAGACAUCUAAAACGUCUUUUAGAGGUCGAAAGAAAGAAUUGGAAUGAGGUUGAGACGAAUUCAGUGACCUUGCUUAACAAUCUAAGUGCCAUGAAUUCGGAGAUUCGCAAUUUUGAGGAUGAAUUACUAGAAGUGAAGCUGGAGGAGAUGAAAGGAGAGAUAGUACUUCUGGAGACAGAGCUGGAAAAGCUCUCGUCCCAGCUGAGAGGCAAAGAACAAGAACUUAGUAAAGCAAAUGCUGCCCUGGAGGAGACUACUCAUAAACUACAGCUGCAACAAAUGAAACUGGACAGAGAGAAACGAAAAUCCCGAGAUGAUCAGCGCAAAGAUCUGAUGCUUCUUGAACUUCGCAGUGAAACCUGGGAAAGCCUGCUGGAAGAGAAGCAAGCCCUCAUCACCGAGCUCAACAGUCGGGUGCGGGAGCUGGAGGAGCUCGUAGAGGCUUACGAGGACAGCGAAGAGAGACAGGCAACAGAAGUUGAGCAGCUAGAACACAAAAUAAACACUUCAUUGUCCGAGCUGUCCUCAACUUUCAAGACUGAUGUUGUAGUGUCAGGAGGCACUGGCCAGGCAAAGGUGGAACUAGACAGUUUUCACCAUAGACUGUGUCCAUCAAGCAAAAAACUCACCCUGCAUGUAACCCUCCGAGCAGGACGGUGCUCGUUUCUAGACAAUAACACCCUGGCUAAGCUGCAGGAACUCCAGAAAAUUGUGGAUAUAUAUGCCAAGAGAGCUCAUGAAUGGCAGAAGAGAGAGGAGGAGCUGAUGUUGAAGAUUUCAAAUCUGGAGUCUGACAACCACGUCCUAAAACAAAAGGAAGGCAUGGGUCGCAAGAUGAAAGACAGUCUUAUGGAUAAUGUAACAAGUUACCAGCAGGAAGUGCAGACACAGAAGGCAGUGAUCAAAGAACUGCAGGAGACAAUGAGAACCUACCUGCGCAGGAGUUCUGUUUUCUCAGACACAGAGAAACACCUGAAGGAACUGCAACAGUCAAAGCUGGGACUAGAGACAGACCUGUUGGCCCUCAGAGAAGAAUAUGAGAGAUCAAAACAGACUGCCUUGAACAAGACCAGUCAAAUAGAGGAAGCUACUCGUAAACUCGAGGAACAAAGAAAAGUUGCUGAAGAUUACAAAAAGCGCUAUGAUACUCAUAUAGAGACAACGGAGGAGAAGAUUAGGUCACUUGAAGGGGACCUGGCUAAGCUUACAUCUGAUCGGCAGAGAUUAGAAAGAAGAGAAGCUGCGUUAACUUCACAGGUGGAUUCGCUACAGAGUUUACUUGAUGACAGAAAUGCUGAAAUGGAGAAGUUGGAAAGAAGAAACACAGACAUUCAGUCCCACUUGCAGCAGCUGCAGCAACGGAACACAGAUCUUCAGGUUCAGGUAGAGUCACUGCAGAAGAGUUCAACAGAGAACAGCGAGCAGAAACAAUCUUUAGCUGAACUGAACUUCCAGAUCACCAGGCUUCAGCAGCAGAAUACCGAUCUGGAGCAUCGCAACACCAGCACUCUUAGAGACAAGCAGAGCCUGGAUGACAGAAUAUUGCUGUUAGAGCGAGAGAAAGAGAGGCUUCAGAGGCGGAUAAAGAGGCUUGAAGUCGCAGAGCAAGACAGACAUGGGCUGGAGACUAAAGUGGAAAAACUGUUGGCUGUGGAGAGGGAGAACCGUCGACUCGAACUCAAGCUUGAGAGGUUGUCUGGCUUAGAAAAAGAUAAACUCAGCCUUGAGGAAAAGCUGGAUAAGCUUCAGAUGGACCUCCGUAAAGAAAAGGUUACAAAUGAGUCACUGAUGUCUGACAAGAAAAGCCUAGAGAUGAAACUGGCAGACGUGCAGAGCAAGGUUGCCACUGACAACAAUGAGGAUAUUGCUCAGUUAAAGAUGAAAGUGGUUUUGAUGGAAGCAGCAGAGAAAGAACGAUGUUCGUUAGAGAAGGAACUCAAACUUGUGAAAAAAGAGAAGGAAGAGUUAGAGCAGAAACUUAAGGUAGAGAUUCAACAGAUGGAGACUGAGAAGAAGAAUGUGGAGAAACAGAAGGAAUUGGUAGAAAAGGAGAAACAGCGAGCUGAAGACAAACUACAGCUAGCUGAAGCUCGGCAGGCAGAACUGAUGAAAGAAAAAGCAGCAUCUUAUGAUCAUAUGGCAAAGUUGAUAAAGGAACGCGGCAACGUACCAGACGUGAACAAGCUCAGCUUUGAAAUUGAUCGUCUGAAGAAGUUGGUAGACAGAUUAGAGCAAAACCAGACCAAUGAUGCGGAAAGAAAACGAAAUAGUGCAGACAUGAAAAGUAGUCUUGUUGAUAAGCUCCAGCGGGAAAAGGCUGACUUGCAGAAACAAGUUGAACGUCUGGAAAAGGAAGCAAAUAAAAGUGUUUCGGGUAGACCAGGUAGAAGUUUUCAAACUUUUCAGCGAGAAAGUUCAAGUUCUCUCCUGCUGAAGCAAGAAAAUGAAGAAAAGGUGAAAAAACUGGAGCAGGAGCUGGCAAAUCUCAGGGUGCAGCUGAAAGAAGCACAGGCUGAUUCACACAUGGGCAAUAAGAAUAAGUCACAAAUUGAAGAGCUGGAACGAGUAAACAGAGGCCAGACAGAGAAGAUCUCCUCCCUCACUUUAGAGCUCAGUGACAGGAAGAAGGAGGUGGAGGAACUGCAAACGAAGCUGGAGACACAAACCUUGAGUUUGUCAGAACUACGUACUGAGAUUGAAGAACUCUUGAGAACAGAGAAUGCUCUGCUGGACCAACUAGAGAAGGAAGCCCUCAAUGCUAAAAAUGCCCAUGAGGAGAAGGAGCAAAUAGCUGCUCAACUCAAU